UGUUAACAAUCAUGAAAAAGGAAACGGACAAACCAACGUCGACCUGUUCUUCACUUAAACGAGGGCACGGAAACGCCACUGACUAUUUAGAUGACACAGACAAUAAUUCUCCUCUAAACAAAAGGAGGGGUUCAACUGAAAAUGACACCCAGGCUCAUGUAGGAAAAAUAUCCAUUACAGCUGACAUUCCUGCAGAUGCCAGGAGUUGGACAGAAAGCAUUCUUCCUUCUCUCAGAAUUAAUCAGAAGUUUGACAUUUCUUUUAGCCCUUAUGAUAUUUUUGGUAGGAAAGAAGAAGGAAGUACAAGAUCAGACCCAAGACACCGUGCAAAACUUGAUUGUUACCAAAUUGUAGUUAAAUCCUUAAUGGAUUUUGAGGCUCAAUCUGUUGACUGUCUUACAUCUCAACAAAUAGAGGAGUUAUAUAAAAAACUGAAAAGUAUAAAACUAUGUCAAGAUAUUCAAGAAUGGCUGGAUAUUGAUUGCAUGCAUACCUGUACUUCUAAAACUGAUUUAACAGAAAUAUGUGUUAGGAUAUUGGAGAGGGUGCAGCAAUUCAUGUCCCAGCUGUUAUAUAUGGUCCAGAAAAGAGAAAACAGAAAAAGUCUAUCAGGAGGAAUGUUCUUAGAACUUUUUGCAAGAUAUGCUAAGAUAUUUGGCCUUGAAGUAAUGUGUGUUCCAAAUAUUCCAGCUUAUGAAUUAAAAAUUGGCAGCACCACAGUAACUGCUGAACCAGAUGCCAUUGUGAUAGACCCAGUAUAUGAAAAUGCAGUUAUUGCUAUUAUAGAAAUGAGCAAUGAAGAUGAACACACUGUAAGAAAUUAUCCAAGGAAUUUUCAAGCUAAUCAUAUCAGACGAGAUUUAACAGGACACCAUCUUGCUCAAAUGUUAGCUGUUCUACCUGAAUCAGUAUUUAACUGUAAAUACAGUAAACCUAAGCGAUUGUAUGGAUUUAUAGUUCAAGGAACUGAGAUAACAGUUACAUCAUUAUCCUUGCUAAAUAAGGGAUUUCUGGAGGAUUUGGAGGAAGGAUGUUUACCGCAAGAAUAUUGUGCAGAAAUGAAGUACAGCACAAGUUGUAAUAUAUUAACCCAGCAAGGAAGACUUGGUCUACUUUCUACAUUGGUAGAGAUGUCAUCAGUAUGUCAGUACAAAUUGUAGUAUGCUAUCACAGCAAGAAAGGUUAGGCUUAGAUGCUACGCUAAAGGAAAUGUCAACAGUACGGGUUGGGCUAUUUAGUCCAAGGAAGGAUAAUUCACCCUUGUUUCUUUAUUGGAAGAAGCAUUUAUAGCAGUAUCUUAAAGUCAAAUAUAAUUGAUCAAACUAGAAGAAUUCAUUUCCCAUACUCUGAAUGCAUCCCCAUUGUGUGGUUAAAAAAUAUGUCCAGUAGUGUGGGCACAAGACUGAGAACAUGCUAACUACAGUAAAACCAUAAUUUGAAUAAAACAUUCUUUUAGUAAAUUAUGAACAUAAGUGCAAUGACAGUACUAACCACUUAUAUGACUAAUGGUCAUGGUCAUAUGCAAUGGUUGUAAGUAACCUGUGAAUUUUACUUGAAAUGUAAUUAUUUGAAAAAUAAAAAAAAAUUAAAACAGAAUAC